AUGGACCAAGCGAUUUCCGAUGGUGUCCAUAUAAUUUCUCUUUCUGUUGGGGCAAAUGGACACUCGCCGCCGUACUAUUUGGACUCGAUCGCAGUUGAGGCAGAUUUUCCAAAUUUAAUGGACAGAACAGAUGUGGCUACAGAUGGAAAUGGAGAUUGGCAAUCUAGCUUGGGGAAAUCCUUAGGAGAGAAUGCAGACAUAUUUUCUGUGUUGGAAUGUCUUGAUGAUUUUAUUACUGAAGCUACAUGUGAUUUAGGUGAGAGUGAGACGAGCAAGCCACAGUCUAAGGUUCAUACGGACGACAAUUUGAGUUUUCUUGCUCAUCCAUCAUUUGGCUCUUCAUCAUUUACAAUAUGUGAUGUUGCACCAUCUCAAAUUUGUUCUGAUUAUCAUUCAACACAAGAUCCAGUGUCCUUCAGUAAUACUACUGUUUCUGACGAACCAGAGGAAGCUCAGAGUAACGAUGGAAGGAAAUGUUGCAUCUGGGCAUCCCAACACGGCGUCUUGGUUUCCUGCUCUGCUGGAAACUCCGGUCCCAACCCUUCCACUGCCACCAACAUCGCUCCUUGGAUACUGACCGUCGGUGCUUCCACCAUCGACAGAGAGUUCCCGGCCGAUGUCUUUUUGGGUGACGGUAGAAUAUUAAUCGGCGUGUCUCUGUACGCAGGAGAGCAUUUAGCUGCCGAUGCAAAGCUUUCGUUGAUCUACGCCGGUGACGCAGGGAAUAGGUACUGCUAUUCUGGAUCUCUCAUUGCCUCUAAAGUCGCCGGAAAGAGUGUUGUUAAGCUCGCAGGUGGUCUUGCUUUGGUGUUAGCUAAUACAGAAGACAGUGGCGAAGAGCUCAUAGCUGAUUCUCAUCUUAUACCAGCGACCAUGGUUGGUCAGAUUAAUGGUGAUAAAAUGAAACAGUAUAUAAAAUCAAGUGAUGAUCCCGCGGCUACUAUUCUGUUCCGAGGGACUGUAAUCAGGUCAGGGGAAAAAUCAACACCUUUCAUUCAUGGAGCAGGACAUGUUGAUCCCAACAAAACUUUCAAUCCGGGUUUGGUUUAUGAUCUUGAUGUAAAUGAUUAUGUGGCUUUCCUUUGUUCUAUUGGGUAUGAUUCUAAGCGUAUAUGA